UGUGUCCACCUGUCUGACGUAUCGUCUGCCGUAUGUAAGCGAGAGGUUAACGUCACGUCACGCUAAAUGCAUAUACGGUGCGGUACCUCUUCGGGGGAACGUCUGUCUCUUCGAGCGUAACGUGUUCUGCGAACGAUCGCUCGGCAGUAUUUUUAAAUGUCAUUCACCGCUAUUUAUAGCGGUCCGAGACUGUCCGUUACCGAACGAACUUGGCGGAUUUGACAGUUGAAAAUUGCACGAGGCUCGGCGCGCGAAAGCGGACUUUUUCGAACGCGCAUAUACGAGGCGAAGACGCAGAAGCACGAGCGUGUAAUCGCAUGCGUUUUACAUACGUGUCCCCGUUUUUUUCUUGCCGCUGCCAUAAAAGCGCCGGGAAUUUUUAGAUAUUAGCGUUUCAUCGCGUGAUGCAAUUCUUCGGCUGCCACCAUUUCAUGAAAAAAGAAGACUACUAUUGAAAUUUUAGAAGAUCUUGAUGCACAAAUAAAAGAGAUCCAGCAAUAUGGACAAACUACAGAACAGAGACAUAAGAAGAUAGUGGGAACUAUCAUCAUUUAUGGAGUUGUUCUUUAUGUUAUGAUAGCAUUUAUCUUUUACUUCUGCUUCUUUCCAGCUUCACUGUAUGAUCAACUCUUCUACAUAACACCAUUAUUAUUUUUCCCAAUUUUGAUACUGUUAACGAAAAAAAUGGUUUCAUGGUAUUAUAAUCGUAAAAUUACUCACAAUCGAGAAAAAUUGUCUACAAUUGUAGGGGAGAAAAAGAAAAUAUUGAAUGAAGUUACUGAAACAGAAACGUAUAAGAAAGCUAAAGAGAUAUUAUUAAAAUUUGCACCCGAUGAAUUAAACAUGUCACCUUUAUCUCCAAAGCUCGCUCCAAAGUUGUCUGUACCAUCUGACACACCUCGGCAUCCUGUCCCACAAAUUGCAGUUACUCCUUUACCAGUUUCUGCUGAUCUAAGAAGAAGAAUUUUAUCCACGCAAAAUCAACCGCAAAAUCAACUGCAAAGUGCACAGAUCGGUGCGCCUGGUAUUGCAUCACCAAGCGGUGGGCUAUCUAAACAACCUUCAAAUACUCCUUACCAGAUUAAUGCUAGAAUAAGUCCUGUUACACCUAUAGGCUAUCGAUCACCUUUACCACGACCUGUGUUGCCACAACAGAGAACUAUGAUUGAUCGGUUGGUCGAUUACUUGGUAGGUGAUGGCCCUGCAAAUCGCUAUGCACUGGUAUGCCGACAAUGCGAUUCACACAACGGAAUGGCUCUAAAAGAAGAAUUUGAAUAUUUUGGAUACCGAUGUUGUUAUUGUGGUUUUUUGAAUCCUGCAAGGAAACAGAAACCAUCUGCCCCGAAAUUGGAUACCGAUAAUAGUAGCUUUAUUACAACUCCGAACACGCCUGAACUACCCUGCAACACAGAAGAAGAACCAGUAAAAAAUAAUGAAUCGGAAGCAUGCACACAAUCGGAUACAGAUUCAGAUAUAGAAGUAGUCGAAAGGCCAGGCGAAACACCUGAAGUCGCAGAAUCAGAAUUUAAACAAUUAUUAGAUGAAAAUGAAUCGGAGAAGACAGAAACGUGACGUACCACACUCACAUAAAUUGUAUAUUUGAAUAAAUAACCUGAAAAUGAA